GCGAAAGAAGACGACGACGAAGUAGGGAGGGUGGAGUGUGACGAGGUCGGAGUGGGAGACGACGAGUGACGGCACUUCCUCAGCAGCGGAGCGAUGCACGUGCGCGCGCUUCCAUUAUGGCGAGACAGCAGCGCGAGAGGUAGCGCGAGGUUCGCGUGUCGGUGUCGUAUAGUCGCGCCCGAGAGAACAGCGCCGAGAGCGUGUGCUCGCGCUCGCUCGUCGCAGAUCGUCCACAGCGGCCUGCCGUGGCUCUCGUUCCGCGCGCGAUGCAGACGCAACAGCAGCAACAGCAGCAGCAACAGCAACAGCAACAGCAACAGCAGCAGCAGCAGCAGCCGCAGCCUCAGCCGCAGCAGCAGCAGCAGCAGCAGCAGCAGCAAAUCGUCGGCUCGAGCGUCAUCCUCAAGAUGAACGAGUCCGUGGUGCAACAGCUGUCGACCGUCGGGUUAUUGGAACUUGCACAUAGAGAAUACCAAGCUGGGGACUAUGAAAAUGCAGAAAGGCACUGCAUGCAACUGUGGAGGCAGGAAACAAAUAAUACGGGAGUCCUCUUGCUACUUUCUUCUAUACACUUUCAAUGUCGUAGGCUAGAAAAGUCAGCCCACUACAGUAGCUUAGCUAUCAAGCAAAAUCCUCUAUUAGCAGAGGCUUACAGUAAUCUAGGAAAUGUUUACAAAGAAAGAGGACAACUUCAGGAGGCAUUAGAAAAUUACAGACAUGCUGUGCGGUUAAAACCAGAUUUCAUUGAUGGUUACAUUAAUUUGGCAGCUGCUCUGGUUGCAGCAGGAGACAUGGAACAAGCUGUACAGGCAUAUGUUACUGCUUUGCAGUACAACCCAGACUUAUAUUGCGUAAGAAGUGAUCUGGGUAAUCUUUUGAAAGCAUUAGCGAGACUAGAUGAAGCUAAGGCAUGCUAUCUGAAAGCGAUUGAGACUAGGCCGGAUUUCGCUGUGGCUUGGAGCAAUCUCGGAUGCGUGUUCAAUGCACAAGGCGAAAUUUGGUUGGCCAUUCAUCAUUUCGAAAAGGCCGUCGCUCUUGAUCCUAACUUUCUCGAUGCUUACAUCAACUUAGGCAACGUUCUCAAGGAGGCACGGAUCUUCGAUAG